CCUAAAAAAAUUAAGACCAGGUUUAGAGAAGAAAAUUGAAGAGAGCACACCAUUCUUUGUCUACCCUUUUUAACCAUUAAACUCAUUUCAUGAUCUUUUCCAUACCAUAAUAUGCUUAAAUUCCCUCAUCCUCUAUCUUGAAGGUUCUGUAGAAAGAUGGGGGAUACAAUGGUAGGUAGGUAUUGGUGUUACAUAUGCUCUCAAAUGGUGAUUCCAACGACAGAGCCUGCGAUUAAAUGCCCUUUAUGUGAGUCCGGAUUUGUGGAAGAAAUGUCCAGCAUAAGACAUUACCCCAACAACAAUGGUAUUGAUUUAGCAUCAGUUAACAAUCUUUCCCUUUUGGCUCCAAUCUUGCUCGGCUCGAUUGGCAGUUUAGGUGGCUCGCAGUUGCGUAUCGCUGGUAGGGAUCAAAUUAAUGAUAACAACUCAUCACAAGAUGCAUUGGGUGAUGAAUUCGGAAGUGAAUUUGAAGCCCUGUUUAGGAGAAGAUCUUCAGCUCUUGAAAAUCCUUAAAAUGGUAGAGAAAGGAACGACAUAAUGAUCUUAUCUGAUCCAUUCAAUGACGAGGCUUUGAUUGCUCAAGCAUCAUUCGGUGAUUACUUAAUAGGACAUGGUUGGAACCUUUUGUUACAGUAUUUUUCGGAGAACGAUCUGAGCCUGUAUGGAACCCCACCGGCAUUGAAAGAAGCAAUUGAAGCAAUGCCAAAUGUUACUAUGGAUGACAAUUUACAGUGUUCUAUAUGUUUGGAGGAUAUCAAGAUUGGAUGUGAAGCAAAAGAAAUGCCAUGUAAACAUAAAUUCCAUAAUGGAUGUAUUACCCCAUGGCUGGAACAUCAUAGCUCUUGUCCAGUAUGCAGGUUUCAGCUGCCUUGGGAUGAUUCCAGGUUGGAGGCAAAUCUUACCAUCGAUAGUGAAGGAAGAGUUGGCAUUGUAGAUGUUCGAAGUGGCAACUGGCUAGGAACCGGAAGACGGUAUUGGAUCCCGAAUCCAUUGCCUUAUGAUCGUUUACUGGCCUUACCAGGUUCCCAAAGUGGCUCUGCUUCAGCUUCAUCGUCGGAGGCUAUGCCAGGGAGUGAAAGUUCACCUCAGACGGAUGGUAUUUGAUUUUUUUUUUUUUUACAUUCAGAUGAUUUUAGUGGCAUUAGCCUGAAAAUUUUCUGCAGUAUACUUUGCAGCCCAAGACUUGUUUGCCUGUUUUUAAAUUCAUAAUUAAAUUAUGAUGCAAAAGUGCAAUAA